UCACAAUAGUUCGUGAUGAAUUUAUCCAGUCACUGUGAAUUCGACUUUAGUUCUUUAGUGACGCGAAAAGAAUUGCAUUCGGGAAAAAAGUGAAAAAGUAAUUGUCAUGGCUUCGGAACGUUACAGUUUUUCUUUAACAACAUUCAGCCCAUCGGGAAAAUUGGUGCAAAUUGAAUAUGCACUCGCAGCAGUGGCAGCUGGUGCACCCAGCGUUGGCAUCAAGGCCUCAAAUGGAAUUGUUCUUGCGACAGAAAAUAAACAUAAAUCCAUUCUUUACGACGAGCAUAGCGUGAAUAAAGUUGAAAUGAUAACAAAGCACAUUGGAAUGGUUUACAGUGGAAUGGGUCCCGAUUAUCGUUUACUUGUUAAACAAGCACGGAAAAUGGCACAAAAAUAUUAUUUGGUCUAUCAGGAAGAAAUUCCUACUGCACAACUUGUUCAACGUGUCGCUAUGGUCAUGCAAGAAUACACUCAAUCAGGAGGAGUGAGACCAUUUGGAGUGUCUUUAUUAAUUUGCGGAUGGGAUAAUGGUAGAGCGAGUCUCUUUCAAUGCGAUCCAUCGGGUGCGUAUUUCGCAUGGAAAGCAACGGCAAUGGGAAAAAAUUUUAUCAAUGGUAAGACGUUCCUUGAGAAGCGAUACAGUGAAGAUUUAGAAUUGGAUGACGCUGUUCACACUGCCAUUCUAACUUUGAAAGAAGGUUUCGAAGGUCAAAUGACUGCCGACAAUAUUGAAGUUGGUAUCUGUGACGCUAAUGGUUUCCGAAGAUUAGAUCCAUCAAAUGUUAAGGAUUAUUUAGCCAAUAUCCCAUAAUUUUUAAUCUUUUUGUCAAUAUUUUCUCUUCUUUUACAUUAAAAUGAAACUUCAAGUAAA